GGAAACCUUGAAGGAAUACAGAGGUGAAUUGAAAAAAUUGGGGCACAGAGUCAUGGAAAUAAUGGAUGAAAACUUAGGGUUGCCAAAAGGAUACAUCAAGAAUGCUUUUGACGGUGGAGUAGACAAUGCAGCAUUUUUUGGCACCAAGGUGAGCCACUAUCCACCAUGCCCCCACCCGGAGAAGGUAAAUGCUCUUCGAGCCCACACAGAUGCUGGGGGCGUUGUCUUGCUCUUCCAGGAUGAUGAGGUGAAGGGACUCCAGAUGUUGAAAGAUGGGGUUUGGACCGAUGUUCAACCCUUGAAAAAUGCUAUAGUCAUCAACACAGGUGACCAAAUUGAAGUUUUGAGUAAUGGGAGGUACAAGAGUAUUUUACACCGUGUUGUGCCCCAAACAGAUGGGCAAAGGAGAUCAAUUGCUUCAUUUUACAAUCCAUCACUCAAGGCCACCAUUCAGCCUGCUCCACAAUUGCUCGAUGCUAAGGUGGAGAACAAGGUGAAAGAUGUUGCUAAGUAUCCUAAGUUUGUGUUCGGAGACUACAUGUCGGUUUAUCUUGAACAAAAAUUCCAACCUAAAGAACCACGAUUCCAAGCUGUUGCAGCAAUAUAAGAGUUCAUGACGACUUGAUUCAAUGCCUCUUGAUAAUGAUGGAGUUUGUAUGUGUGUCUUGUGUGUGUUUGUGUUUUUUAAUAUGGUUUUGGGCUUGUCUUUAUAGCAAACUGCUUUGUUUGGAUGUAUACCAAUUCAUCUUUGCAUGUUUGCAGGAUAUAAAAAUAAAUAAAAAGCCCAUCUUGUCUUAGA